AUGAAUUGGGAUUUUCUAAACAGAAAACUUAAGGAAUUCUUUGAAUAAAGGAGAUAAUAAUCAAUUGAUAAAUUAUUCACUCUAAAUACUGUUACAGAUAAUAACUUCCUUAAAAAAUAAUUAUUAGAGUUGGAAACUUAAGUUACAGAAGAUCCAAAACAAAUUAUCUCAUAACCAAGUGUUCCAAUUACAACACCAACUCCUUAAAAAUAAAAAUUAACUCCAAAAUCCUAUAAUUAAAUAUCUCAUCUCUUUUCACCUCAUGGACCUGCUAGAUCAUAAAAUUCUAUGCAAAUGAGAUAAAUUGUAACAAGCAAUCUAAAAAAUGAAAAUAAUUACUAUAAUAAUGUGAAAAGUAAAGAUAUUAAGAAGGUUUAAGAAUUGGUUGAAUCAAAUAGUAAAACUUCAUUUAAAAAUAAUGGUAGAAAAUACAAAAAAUAACAAAAUUUUGUUUCUUAAAAGAUUUUAGAAGAUUUAAAUGAUUAAUUGGAUCAAGCACCUAGUAAUUUGAUUAAACCCUCAGCAUCACUUAAAUGUUUUAUAACUUAAACAAAAAAUAUCAAUACUUUAGCUAUGAAGGCUUAAUUAUAGUUAAAAUCAUAAAGAUCUAUAAGAUAAUUGAAACAACCUAGUCCAGCACUUGAUAAUUUCUCGAAAAUGGGAUUUGGAAAAAGUACAGAUCCAAGAGUAGGUUUAGAUAGAUUUUUAAGUAAUAAAUGGUUGUAAUUUAUAAUUGAAUAAAAGUCUAUGAGAAAAGAUGAUUAAUUUGAUAAUUAUCUUAAAUAAUAUAAUGAAUCUCCUUAAAAAGAAUAAAAUGUAUAAAAAUUAAAAGAGAAACAAAAAAUAAGAAAAGAAUUUAAUAGUGAAAUACCAUAAUCAAUAAUUUUUAAACCUCAUCGAUACACAAAAAAGAUGACUAAAAUAAAAAAGAAUGAAAUUUCUGAUUUAAUAUCAUCUUAUUCAUAAACAAUGUUUGAUAUUGAUAAGAAAAGAGAUGACUAAGAGUUGAUUGAAUUCUAUCCUAUCUAUUAUGAAAAGAAAGUCAAAAAAAGAAGAAUUAUUAGAAAGAUGAAAAUUUUAGCAAAAAAAGCUAUAAAAUUAAAAACAUUUGCUUUAGAUGUAUUUAAUAUUUAGAUUUAAUUUAGCUACUCUAAAAUUUUUAUUAAUUAGUACCAUACUAAGUAGCUGGUUCAAUAGCAUUUUUGAGAUUUGUUUAAUAUAAUAAUACAUAAGCAGUUAAAUAAAUGCUGGAUUCAGAUAAAUCUUUUAUAGGUUCUUUCAAUGAAUAAGGUUAAUAUGCUAUUCAUAUUGGAGUAAUGAUUUAAUCAGUUGAAAUGGUAAAAUUACUACUGUAUUAUGGAGCUAAUGUAAAUUCAGAAGAUUUCUUUCUAUAGAGACCUCUUUAUUUUGGUUUGGUUACUGAUAAUAUAGAAAUGAUUAGAUUAUUACUUGCUUGUAGAGCUUCACCAUGGGAUGAAAAUUUAAAAGAUUAUUUUAUAUGUUGUAGAAGUGAAGAUGCUAGAAAUCUAAUAAAAUUAGCAUAAUAUCUUAGAAUAUAUAAUAAAGAUCCAGAAUGUUUGUUAAACAUGGAAAAUAUUAAAUAAUAAUUGA